GUUUCUGCAUUGUUAAGCCAACAGGUUUAUAAAUUUUCGGAAUAAUUUCUUAAAUUUUACUCAUCUUUGUAAAGCAAAUUGAUCAAUAAUAAUUACUUUCAUCAUCAUCAUCAUCAUAAGUCGUCGAUAAGUAGGUCUGGCUGCCAUGGAUGAGCAAAUAAUCGCGGGAAUUCUAGUCUGUUUGCCUCCAAAAUCAGUUUACAGAUUCCGGCCUGAAUCGAAGUCAUGGAAUCAUUUGAUUUCCCAUCCCCUUUUCAUCCAGAGAUACGACAGCCGGCUGAGGCGGCGCGGCGGUGCUGGUUUGUCGGCCAUGUUUCAAGGUGCAUCAGCCCGGCCUGAUUACCUCCCACCCGGAAAGAAAUCUGUGAUGAACAUACUACGUCUUGACCUGCCCGGACGCGUAUACCAUACAGCCGGCUGUACGGCUGGCACCGUACAGCCGGUGGCAUUUUUGUAAAUUUGAUGAACUUCAUGAAUUCUCUUAUAUGAGCAUUGAUGCAAGUUGGAUGAGCAUCGAGUUUGUUCUUCUGAGUAUUAGGAGUCUAACAAUGAGCACCAGUGAUCCCUGCUUCAUAUCUUCUAAUUCAGUUUCUUUUUAUUAAUUUUCGUUUAUAAAAAAUUCUUAAAUUGUGUUUAAAAUUAAUUUCAAUAUGUCAAUCUAAUGUAGUAUGAUA